UAGAAAUAAAAUUUCUCACUCCUCAAACUCCAACUCGCACGAGGCUGUUCAUUGUUCCUCCUCCUUCCGCCCCCGACUUCUGAAUUUCUGAUUGCCCCCUCUUUGAAAUCCACCACCAAAACCACCGUUUCUAGCUGUAUCACCACUUCUAUAGGCGACGCGUCUGCCAUUUUGGAUAUUCAAUUUGGGGGUUUUCCAACCACCUCUCCUCUGCCGCUGCUAUUCUCGGUGUUGACGACAGUGUGGAAGUAGAAUUGGCUACAGAUGGCAUAUUAUCAAUAUGGGAGAAAUAUACUAUGUCAGGUUGUCCAAGAUGCUAGUGGUAAGAGAUUGGACAGCUGUCUUCAUCCGUUGUUUUUCACCGGCCAAGGAGUCAGAUUUAGAAAAUUGGAAGUUAUUCUUACGACGAACAUAGAUAAGCUCGGGAAAGCUGGUGAGACGGUGAAGGUUGCUCCUGGUUACUUCCGAAAUUACCUUAUGCCUAAACUACUUGCUGUACCAAACAUUGACAAGUUUGCCUAUCUCGUUGAGGAGCAGAGGAAGAUUUACCAACCUAUAGAGGAGGAGGAAAUUAAGGUGGUGAAAGAAAGCAAGGAAGAUAUGAUGAAAGAGUACCUUGCUGCAGCAAAGCGGCUGGACAAUGGAACAGUGGUUUUAAGACGAUACUUUAAGGUUGACAAUGAACUGCGUGAACCUGUUACGAAAGAUGAGAUAAUUUCAGAGGUGGCUAGGCAACUUUCUGUACAAGUCGAUUCUGAAAACCUGCAUAUGCCAAAUCCUCUGUCGUCAUUGGGGGAGCAUGAGAUACCGCUUCGAUUGCCAAAGUCCAUACCGAUGCCACAAGGAAAGAUUAUGUGGACUCUCAAAGUUAAAGUUAGAAGAAAGUGAUCAGAUUCUUCUUGCGGGAGCCUCUUUGAUGCAAUGGGGUAAUGAUAAUGAUAAUGGUGGAGAUGCUAUUUUCUACAUGGGUUACCAAACUGUCCUUAGUUUUUCGUCUCUCAUUGUAGCUUCGGCUGUUUAAGAAGGAUUUUGAAUAGCUAUUUCUUCCAUUUGAGCCUCCUUCCUGAAGUUGUAUUCACCAGUAAUUGUUCUGUCAUGGUUUCGUGGAUAUGUAACAAAAAACUGGAUGGCUAUUUUGAAUGUUGUGAAUGCAUUCCUUUUAAUCCCAA